AAUGGGCAGAGGCUAAAAGCAGCCGCUGCAGCUCUGCAGGCUGAACUGAGGGCGGGGGCAGCUGCAGCUGCCUUGGAAACGCGCUGCGUCUCUACUACCCCUGGCUGGGCAGCCCUGCAAAGAGCCUAGCCCAGACAGCUCAGGGGCUGAGACGCCAUCCUUUCUCCUGUAGGCCCUAAGAGGUGAGACAGCUCUUCACAGCAGACCCUGAGCAUCCUCUGCCCAUCUACGAAGCAGCCCAUCAAAGCCGAUUUCAAACGUGAAUUCUGUGUGACUGAUUGCAGAGCUGGUAGGCCGCUGUUUUCCCCGGUAUAAACUGGAGGCCCAGAACCCCUGGAUCUGAGAGCCUGUGGUCAGAGAUCAGCCCUACCCGGACAAGAACUAUUACGGAAAGCACCUGUUGCAAAGGCUCGGCUUGAAAUAAAGGUGGAAGCCAGUUUCUGAGCUCUGCUCCUACCCAAGCGCAAGGAAGAUACUGCCCGGGAACGUUUCUUUGGAGGUUUCUGCAGACUAGGCCGUUUUUGUUAGCAGAAAGUCCAAGUAUCUUGUAUUCAGAUACCCAAUUGUUGUCAGGCAUGGCUAGCCUCCUUGCUAGGAUGGGUAACAGUCGCCGUCAGAAUGCAGCUUUUAUGCCUUUGGCCCAUUCCAUGCUGAGGGCCCUGGGGAGGAGCCUCGGUCCUUUGAUAGCUAACAUUGCAGAGAGAAACAUACAGUCGUUCUCUGGGAGGGCCGAGCUAGCCCCGGGGGAAGAAACCUUUGAGAACUGGCUAAGCCAAGUCCAUGAGGUCCUGCCAGAUUGGCCCAUGUCUGAAGAGGAUAAGAUUAAACGCCUGAUGAGAACCCUUAGGGGCCCUGCCCGGGAGGCCAUGCGUUUGUUCCAGGCUGACAAUCCCAAUCUAAACGUAGCAGAAUUUUUGCGGGCAAUGAAGUUGCUGUUUGGGGAAUCUGAGAGCAGUAUAACAGCACAUGGCAAAUUUCUAAACACCCUGCAGGCACAGGGAGAGAAACCAUCCCUGUAUGUGAUCCGUUUAGAGGUGCAGCUGCAGAAUGCUAUCCAGGCAGGGGUCCUUCCUCAGAGCGAGGCAAACAGAACUCGCCUGCACCAGCUCCUUGUAGGGGCUGAGCUGAGUAGGGAGCUGCGCAUCAAGCUUAAGGGUCUUCUCCAAAUGCACGCGCAUAACGAGCAGGAGAGCCUUCCCGACUUCCUGGAGUUAAUCAGGAUGAUCAGGGAGGAAGAGGAUUGGGAUGAGACUUUCCUUAGAAAUAAGCGGCCCAGGAGAUCUGAGACAGUAAUGGAGCGGGCAGCCAGCCCUGUCGUCUUUCAGGGCUCCCUGCCUAUAGUGAUUGGCAGUGCUGACUGUAACGUGAUAGAGAUAGAUGAUUCCCAGGAUGAUUCAGAUGAGGAUGUGAUCCUGGUGGAGCCUGAGGACCCUCCACUCUCAUCCCCAGGUACCUCAUCCCUCAGAGGCACAGUCAGUACUCAGGAAGAAAUGCUAGUUAUUGAAUCCCCUGAUGAAUCUGAUGAGGAGUCUCCUUCCACUAGCAGUGGUUCUGGGCAAAGGAAUAAUGGGCCCGGGGAUGUAGGCAGAACCAGAAAGCGAAAGUACCCCAUCCGCUGUCCUCAUUGUGGUGAAGAGGGCCAUGCCAAAGAAACCUGUGACAAUACCAGCAACAAGGGCCAGGUUUUUGAGAAUCUGAUUGUCACUCUGCAGGAGCUGACUCAUAUGGAGAGACCAAAGCCCCCUGCACCAUACUAAGGUGUGUGCCUCAGCCCCAGAUCAACGUUUAAGUCUCCUCAAAAGCUAAUUCUGGAGGGAAAAGGGAUGGGGUGGGCUUCUAACAUAAGGAAUUCAUUUAAAACAAGCUUUUCUUGGGAGAAGAAAAAGCAGACUGGGUUACCAUGCAAGACAGAGGCAUGGGCCCAUAUCAUUCCUUGCUCAUUCCACUAACUGCUUAAUGGUUGUUUCUCUGUGUGUCUUUCUCUGGUGAUUUUAAUCUAUCUGUGAAGUGGUAUCUCUUUGAACCUUCCAAGUGAAAUUAAAAAGAAAAAACCUAAAGUGCACAUUACCUGAAACCCCCACCCUGAUACAAUCGUCGUCAGUCCUUUGGUGAAUGUCCUUGUGAUCUUUCUCUGGACCUUUGUGCCUAGGUAUAUAUGUAUUGAUAAAAGUGAUCAUAUAAGUGCUGUUCUAUAGUAUGUAUUUUUUCAUCGCGCAGUAUAUAUUGUGGACUUCUAAAUAAAUGAAUAUAUAACCAUCUAAUGUCAUGCAUACUAUAUAUCUGGGGAAGACAAAUAAAGACUGAAACUAACUGUAACAACUA